CUCUUAUUUUAGCAAAUGUGAUUGGUAAUAUGGAUUUUAUCGAUACUUGAAAUGCAUAAUAAAUUAGUCUGCCGAACUUACUAAAGUAGUUUUUCUUAGCGGGGUACGUACACAAGCUUAUGUCAACAGCGGCGGAUCCAGGAUUAGAUAGAGCACUGGGCCACAUUGGAAAAAAGCAGAGAAGGCUGGGCCGUAACACGACGAAUAAUGAAACAAACACCGAAACAAACAUCAAAAAUAAAAAAUUUACACGUGUUAUACUAGCUCUGGAUCGAGAGAGGGCUGGGCCGUGGCCCGGGGGCGGCCCCCUAGAUCCGCCGCUGCAUGUCAAUGUAGUGUGAAUAGACAAAGGGCAAGUAGAUUGUGGUCUUAUGUAAGCAACUAAGAGUUGAUUGUAAGAUGGGAGAAAUUGAAGGCUUAAGGCAAAUUAUUGUAGCUAUCACCAACCCCUUCAUUCUUAGUAAUUCAUACUAAACCCUCCCUUCCACCUUUAAAUUAUGUUAAUCACAGAAGUUUGAGGUAACAUCUCCGUAAAAGUUGAAUCAUUUGAGCGGCAAAGAAAGGAAGAAAAAGAAAAGAAAAGAAAAACAAUCAUUUCAACGUUCUAAGCAUUCAAUUAUUAUUUUUUUUUUUUAAUUCCUAUUCUUUUCCCCGCUUUUCCCCAUCGCUAAGUAAGAAAAUAUGUGUUUUUUUAAAAACAAAACCACUCCCUUCUUCAACACUCCUUCCCGCCUCACUCCGCAGAGCUCUCCCUGUCCUCGCCGCCAUGAAACCGAAACUCUCCAUUUCCUUCUUCUUCCUCUUCUUCUCCAUCUCAGCCGCAGCUCCUCCGGCUAACGACACGGAAGCUCUAACGCUCUUCCGCCUCCAAACCGACACCCACGGCAACCUCCGCUCCAACUGGACCACCACCACCACCUCAAACGUCCCCUGCUCCUGGCUCGGCGUAGGCUGCUCUGCCGACAACGGCCGCGUCAUCUCACUCUCCCUCCCUUCUCUCUCCCUCCGCGGUCCGAUCAACUCUCUCGCCUCCCUCGACCAGCUCCGCCUCCUCGACCUUCACGACAACCGCCUCAAUGGCACUGUUUCCCCGGUCACCAACUGCUCCAACCUCAAGCUCCUCUACCUUGCCGGAAACGACUUCUCAGGCGAGAUCCCUCCGUCGAUCUCCUCCCUCCACCGAAUCCUCCGCUUGGACUUGUCGGACAACAACCUCGCCGGUUCAAUCCCUCCGGAAAUUGGCAAUUUGACCAAGCUGUUGACUCUUCGGCUCCAGAACAAUGCGCUCACCGGCCGAAUUCCAGACAUCUCUGGUUCGAUCCCCGGAUUGAAAGAGCUGAAUCUGUCCAAUAAUGAGCUGUACGGAAGGGUCCCCGGUGGGUUGGAGAAGAAAUUCGGCCGCCGGGGGUUCUUCGGGAACGAAGGGCUCUGUGGAUCCGGUCCUUCGCUGCCCGUGUGUUCAUUUACAGGGGACGAAACGGUGCCCUCGAACCCAACCACGAUUCCGCAAUGGAGCAGCCCUCCCGUUGUGGAAAGCCAAACUUCGCAGCGGCCGGGGCACAGAGGAUUGGGCACCGCCGCGAUGGCGGCGAUAAUCAUUGCCAUCUGUGUCACAUUCCUCGUAGCGGCGUCGUUCCUAGUCGCCUACUGCUGCGGCCGCGGCAGUGGCGGCGGAGUCGGAGACGGUGGAUCAUCGAAGGUGGGGAGCGAGAUCGAGAGCGGUGGCGGCGUGAAAAGGAGGAGCAGUUACGGCGGAACGGAGAGCGAUGGGACGGAGAGGAGCAAGCUGGUGUUCUAUGACGGCGGGAAGGAUCAGCCCAUGCCGUUCGAAUUGGAGGAUUUGCUCAAGGCGUCGGCGGAGAUGCUGGGGAAGGGGAGUUUGGGGACGGUGUACAAGGCAGUGCUGGACGGCGGGUGGACAGUGGCCGUGAAGCGGCUGAAGGACGCGAAUCCUUGUGGGAGAAGGGAGUUCGAACAGUACAUGGAAGUGAUCGGAAAGCUGAAGCAUCCCAAUAUCGUCAGGUUCAGAGCUUAUUACUAUGCUAAGGAAGAGAAGCUUCUGGUGUACGAUUUCAUGCCCAAUGGCAGCCUCCAUUGGCUUCUCCAUGGAAACAGAGGACCAGGCCGAAUCCCACUGGAUUGGACCACGAGGAUCAGCUUAGUACUCGGAUCCGCCCGCGGGCUAGCCAAGAUCCACGAGGAAUACCGGUCGGCUCGAAUCCCCCACGGCAACGUGAAAUCAUCCAACGUCCUCCUCGACAAAAACGGCAUCGCUUGCAUUGCCGAUUUCGGCCUCUCCCUGCUCCUCAACCCGGUCCACGCCGUCGCCAGGCUGGGCGGGUACCGGGCUCCCGAGCAGGUGGAGACCAAACGCCUCUCCCAGAAGUCCGACGUGUACAGCUUCGGCGUCCUCCUCCUCGAAGUCCUCACCGGGAGAAACCCCGACGAACUCGUGACGGACGGGGUGGCCGCGGGGGCAGGGGAUCUGCCGAGGUGGGUGAGGUCGGUGGUGAAGGAGGAGUGGACGGCGGAGGUGUUCGAUCAGGAGCUGCUGAGGUACAAGAACAUCGAGGAGGAGCUGGUGUCGAUGCUCCACGUGGCGCUCGCCUGUGUGGCCCCGGCGCCGGAGAAGAGGCCCGAGAUGGUGGAGGUGGCGAGGAUGAUUGAGGAGAUUCGGGUGGAGCAGUCGCCGUUGGGGGAAGAUUGCGACGAGUCGAGGAACUCGCUCUCGCCGUCGCUUGCUACUACUGAGGAUUGAAUUAGACGGAGUCUGAUCUCAUUUAUUUCUCGAGGAGAAUAACUUUGUUUACUGUCGUAAUAGUGGUGGCUUAAGUGUAGUAAGUUAUUUGUUAAGUUCAUUAAUUACUUGUUUCUGUUGGAUGUCCAGGCCCAACAAAGUGUGUAGUUUAGUAGCUAGUUGUCUAGUUUGCUACAUAUUUUGUUUAAGCCUUCGUUCCUGUGAAGUGUACUUGUGUCGUUUGAGUCGUAAGAUGUGGUCGUUUGUUGUUAUUCUUCACCAAUUAGGCCUUCUAAAGGUGUGAACUGCCUUCUAUGAACUUAUAGGGCCUGAAGUUAGCCUUUGAUGGCUAUAUCCUUCUUGGGGUCAUAGACAAAUUUGCCUCAUCCUAGAAGAAAACUUAAGCAUUGCUAUCAAUGGGAUUCACUUAUAUUAGCCGUUGUAUGUUUAUGGGAAUUGAAAUUUUAACAAGCUAGCCUGCUAUUGGUACAGGUAAAUAUUGUCAUAUUAUCAUUUUGAUUUAUUAAUAUAUUCCAACAAUUUUGUGAUUGCGACGGACCAAUGUCUCUUCAUUUUCUUUUUCCCCCAAUAGUUCACUCAUGAAGAGGAAAUAUAAGAUUGAUUUACAUGUUUGUGCGCAGUCAAGAACCAAAGUCGAACCACUAUCAGUUGUAUAACAAACGUGGAGAUAAAUAUAAUACAUGACUUGUCACCAUAGUAUCUUCCUAUUGGUCGUACUCAAUAUAACUAGAUCCCAAGCCCAUAUAAUGAUGCAACGACGUAUUAGUAAUCCUUAGAGCACAAUUCAUCCCGUACAUAGUGAUAGCAAUUUGAACCAGCCUCGUCGGGUAUUACUCGACCUAACUCGCGAUUUGGCCGGUAUUACUCGGCCCGUAGUAGUGUGGGGCGGUCGGACGGAGCAUGAGUAUCUAUUUGCGACCCGCUUUGUCCCACCCGCCCGUUCUUGACCCAUUAUAUCUCAAUUUCUUACAAUAUCUAUUCAUAUUUAUCGUAUUUUGAUUUUUGUUCAACUAGUUAGACUCGAUCUUUCAAUUAGUUAGAUUCAAUUACUCAUUCUACUAUCACUAUUUUUCAUUCAUAAAAGGUUUUCCCCUUCAUUUUAUGAUAAAAAGUAAAUUUGUACGUACUUUUUUCAAAUAACAUAUAAGAGUAGGCCGCCCCGACCUAUUAAUAACGUGAGACGAGACAUGAGUAUUGAGGUACCCGCCUCGUCCGCUCCAUUGCCAUCACUGAUGAUGGCCGUUCUCGUUUCUUGGAUUUUUACCUUGUCGCAUAUCGGCUACAUACAUAUUGUGCACACCCUAAAGCCCAAUCACAGGCCCUUAAAAACAAUCCUCCGUUUUGUUUGUGAUUUAUUAUUAUUAAUUUUUUUUGUUGGGCCAAAUAUUGAGACACUUGGGCUCCAGGCCCAUAGUUACCCAAAACCCAUAAAGAAACGAGUUGGGCCUGAACAGGGGCAAUGAGCCAAAAAAAUAGGCACAAGGCGGUCUUUCCAUACAAACACGACGAAAAUCGUCCGACAUGGACGAGAGACCGCCCGACAUAACGGCAAACGGAUAUCUGUCCCUCCUAGUACGGAGACUGACAAAAGUACGUUCUGACGAUAAAGUCAGAGGCGCCCUGGGACGCCCGACAAGGCAUUAAAUACUCAUAAUCCAACCACAACUAGUAUAAAUACCAAUGUUGUCA